GCACACACACACACUCUCUCUCUCUCUCUCUCUCUCCCUCUCUUAAAAGCUAGAAAAAGAAAAAGAUGGGGAGGAUGUGAAAUGAGGCCAUAGCGGAAGAAGGAAAAAGAAAAAAAAAAAAAGGAAAAGCAGACAAAGAAGAAGCAAAACGAAGCUUAAGCUACGCUAAAGAUGCUGAGAUUUACUCUCUUAUGGCUUCUCGUUUUCUUUUUAUCUCUUUCUUCAUCUUCAGCUCGGCCUGCACCAUUUGCUAUGCGCAUAAGCUGUGGGGCUCGUCAAAAUGUCCAAACCCCUCCAACCUAUGCACGUUGGUUCAAAGAUUUUGCAUACACAGGAGGAAUUCCAGCCAAUGCAACAAGACCAAGUUUCGUCACUCCUCCACUAAAAACACUUCGCUAUUUCCCUCUAUCCGAAGGUCCAGAAAAUUGCUACAAUCUUAAGAGAGUACCAAAGGGACACUAUUCUGUUAGGGUCUUCUUUGGAUUAGUUGCGCAGCCUGAUUCUGACAAUGAGCCUCUAUUUGACGUAUCUGUUGAAGGCACCUUGAUUCACUCUUUGAAAUCAGGUUGGACUAGCCAUGAUGACCAGGUGUUUGCUGAAGCCCUGGUGUUUCUUUUAGAUGGCACAGUAUCUAUUUGCUUCCAUAGCACUGGUCACGGAGAUCCAGCAAUUAUUUCUAUUGAAAUUCUUCAAGUUGAUGAUAGAGCAUACUAUUUUGGUCUAGAGUGGGGUAAAGGUGUAAUCCUGAAAACAACUUCAAGACUGACUUGUGGCACAUCAAAGCCAAAAUUUGAUGAAGAUUACAGUGGGGAUCAUUGGGGUGGAGAUAGAUUUUGGCACCCCAUCAGGACUUUUGGCCAAAAUGCUGAUGAACCUAGAUCAACUGAAAGUGGCAUUAAAAAGGCUUCAGAUGCACCAAACUUCUAUCCAGAAGCCCUUUACCAAAGUGCAAUUGUUAGUACUGAUAGUCAGCCAGAUUUAGCUUAUACAAUUGAUGUGGAACCCAAUAAGAACUACUCAAUAUGGUUACACUUUGCAGAGAUUGAUGCUUCAAUCAGUGGUGCUGGGAAAAGGGUAUUUGAUGUGCUGAUAAAUGGUGACACUGUAUUUGAAAACAUAGAUGUUGUGGACAUGAGUGGGGACCGCUAUACUGCACUUGUGCUUAACACAACUGUUGCUCUUAGUGGGAGGACUCUGACUAUAACCCUGCGCCCCAAAAAGGCCAAUCAUGCUAUCCUUAAUGCCAUUGAAGUCUUUCAGGUUAUAGGCGCUGAGUCCAAAACUUCUCCAGAAGAAGUUAGGGCUUUACAGGCAUUGAAGAAAGCACUGGGGCUUCCUAAUCGUUUUGGGUGGAAUGGAGACCCAUGUGUUCCCAAGGAGCAUCCAUGGAGUGGAGCAGAUUGUCAUUUUGACAAAUCUGGCAGCAAGUGGUUCAUUGAUGGCCUUGGUCUUGACAACCAAGGUCUAAGGGGUUUCUUGCCUAAUGACAUAUCCAAGCUACAUCACCUGCAAAGCCUAAACUUGAGUGGAAACACAAUUCAUGGGGCCAUUCCAUCGUCACUUGGAACAGUCACCAGCUUGGAAGUACUGGAUCUCUCCUACAAUUUCCUCACUGAUUCAAUUCCUGAAAGCCUAGGACAGUUGACUGCACUACGCAAACUAAAUCUUAAUGGCAACUCUCUGUCGGGAAGAGUCCCAGCUGCACUCGGAGGAAGGCUUUUGAAUGGAGCUAGCUUCAAUUUUACUGAUAAUGCUGGUCUCUGUGGCAUACCUGGACUACCUACAUGUGGACCCCACCUCUCUGCUGGAGCGAAGGUUGGCAUUGGAUUUGGCGCAUCUUUAUCUUUCUUACUUCUUGUUAUCUGUUCAGUGUGUUGGUGGAAAAGGCGGCAGAAUAUUCUUCGAGCACAACAGAUUGCAGCAAGAGGUGCUCCCUAUGCAAAAGCAAGGACCCAAUUAUCGCAUGAUAUCCAGAUGUCAAGACAUCAUAAUCAUGGCCAUGCUCGGACUGCUGUUGAGAAUGGACCUAGCUUGCUAUCAUGACUAAUACUCUGCUUCGUGUUUGGGUUGCUGGAUUCUCAUUUAUUCAGGACCAUGAAUUGCGGAACCAACCUAGUUGAUUUGGCCCUCACUUUAUUUAGUUCAGGAUGCUGCCUAAUCUUCUCUCCGUUGGAAAUCUCAGACUGGUAAAGAUGCAAAAGCCCUACAGAAUCACUUCUAAAUGGUCAGAUACCCCACUACUGACACACUAAAUGCAGCAAAGUGAACCAUCUUGUACAUUGCUUCAAAUUCUUUUUCAAUCAAUUUUGGCAAAAAAUAAUGUUGUAACAUAUUGAAUAACAAGUGCAUAUACAAAGCCAAAUAUGUUUUACCUAAUGCCUUCGUCCCCCGCUCCCCCACCCCAAACCUUGUCUAUACUGAAUUCCAAAAGGAAACCGAUGUCUACUGGCUUCAUCAGGUCAUGGCAGAAAGGAAACCGGGGACACUCAAAAGUUGUAAGCUUAUUUUAGUCGUUUGAAUUCAUUCUUAUUGGUUCUCACAUGUUCAAAUUUCUUGAUUUUCUUUCUCC